AUGGAGCAGGCAGAGCGAACUGUGGAGUUCGCUAACAGUGCGGUCCCUUCUGAGGCGGCGAAUCUGGAGAUCGGCUCAGAAACCGAGGCGUUGCACGAGGACAGCGAAGGACCAGCACAUCACAGACCAAACGGCUCCGGCACCCAGAACGGAGAGACUACCGCUUUCAAGAACCAUGACGAUGUCAUGGCGAAAGCACCAGUCAACGAUUUUGCCCCGGAGCCAGAUAUGGAGCCACAAAAUGGAGACGCACAACACAUCAGUACUCCACGGCCCGAAGAUUACGAAGAAGAAUCUUCUGUUCCUCAAUCGCUUGUAGACUCUAAAGAGACAAGAGCGAUGAAAUCAAGCAGAGGCCCGAGUAUUCUGAAGGCCAGCGAAGAAGGCAUCACUCAGAUGCACAAGUUUGUUCUAUAUGAGACCGCGCAUCGAUUCUAUCUCAUCGGAAGUGAUAUCCUGGACGAGCGCUUCAGAGUGCUUAAGAUCGACAGAACCGCCCCUCCAGGCCAUCUGAACAUCUUUGAGGAUGACAUCUUGUAUGACCGGAGAGAGAAGACCCAGUUGCUCAAUGCCAUCGAUGAUGGCAAUCGAGGGAGCGGGGGAAUGAAGCUGAAAUGCGUCGCCUGGGGUCUCAUCGGGUUCAUCAGGUUCACUGAGGCCUACUACAUGCUGCUAAUCACCAAGAGGACGCAGGUUGCCAUGAUCGGUGGGCAUUAUAUCUAUCAAAUCGAAGGCACCGAGCUGGUACCGCUCACUACGGGAUCAACGUCUCGAUUCCAGAAAGACCGCAACCCUGAAGAGACUAGAUUUCUGGGAAUACUUAACAACUUAGACCUGACUCGAUCUUUCUACUUCAGCUAUUCCUACAACAUCACCCGCACUCUCCAGCACAACAUCAUCCGCGAAAGAGAAGCAUUGAAUCAGGGGCGGCGAAACGCAGAGCCAGAUCUGAAUGACAUGUUUGUCUGGAAUCACUAUCUACUCGGACCGGCACUGGAUGCUCUGAAGGGUACUUACCAUUGGUGUCUGCCAAUCAUACAUGGCUUCAUCGAUCAGUCCUUCCUAGAUAUCUUUGGUCGCCGCGUUUAUAUCACUGUUAUUGCUAGACGCUCAAGAUUCUUUGCUGGCGCGCGCUUUCUCAAGCGCGGUGUCAACGAUUUGGGCUAUGUUGCGAACGACGUUGAGACUGAGCAGAUCGUGUCCGAGGUCAUGACGACGUCUUUCCAUGCGCCGGGUCCGCGCUUGUACGCCAGUCCAACGUAUACCUCUUACGUUCAGCACCGCGGUAGCAUUCCCUUGUUCUGGACGCAAGACACAUCUGGCGUGUCACCAAAGCCAGACAUCGACCUAAAUCCAAUUGAUCCGUUCUACAGUGCUGGUGCACUGCACUUCGAUAACCUAUUCGAGCGAUACGGCUCUCCUAUCUACGUAGUGAAUCUGAUCAAGGCACGGGAGCGGACGCCGCGAGAGAGCAAAUUGCUGUUCGAGUUCAAGAACGCUCUCGACUAUCUCAACCAAUCACUCCCAGAGGGUAAGAAAAUCCUGUACAAAGCGUUCGACAUGAGCAGAGCAGCCAAGACUAGAGGGCAAGAUGUGAUUGGGGAGCUUGAGAUGAUCGCAGAAGACGUCCUAGAGAAGACCGGUUUCUUCCACAAUGGAGAUUUCCACAACGGAGAUCUAGUGUAUGACCUGCCGACUGUGCAGAACGGCGUUGCUAGGACGAAUUGCAUCGACUGCUUGGACCGGACCAACGCUGCACAGUUUGUGAUAGGUAAACGGGCUCUUGGCCGGCAGCUGCAAGCACUCGGUGUCAUUGCAGGAAACACCGUAGAGUAUGACACGGAUACGGUGAAUAUUUUCACCCACAUGUUUCACGAUCACGGUGAUACCAUUGCGGUCCAGUAUGGCGGCUCGCACCUCGUCAACACAGUUGAGACGUACCGAAAGAUCAAUCACUGGCAAGGCCAUUCGAGAGAUAUGGUAGAAAGCUUCAAGCGUUACUACCACAACUCUUUCCACGACUCGCAAAGACAGGAAGCGUACAACCUGUUCCUAGGCAACUACAUCUUCGCUCAGGGUCAGCCGAUGCUUUGGGAUCUAACAACCGAUUUUUAUCUUCAUCAUACCGAUCCGCGCGAAUGGGCAGGGAAAACGCGCCCGAACUACAUUCAGUGGUAUACGCCUGCCUACCUCGAACCGAGGACUCUACCAGAGUCUAGAGAGUCCAACGAAGCCGAUGACACCCACAACGGGACCUUCGAAAAGAGCGUCGCAGACUACGACAGCUACUGGCUCGAGUACUACAAACCCCUCGCUCUCUCUUCAUUCGCGAAGAUCUUCUCCUACCGCAUGAACAAAGUGACCCGCCACCUCCCUGAUGCAGCGCAUCACGACCCUAGCCCCUUCAGCCCACGGAAAUCUCUCACCGAGUCGGAAUCACCCAGCAAGACCCGGACGAAGAAGGGGGUCACGAUCGUUGACCCCAAUAGCGAAAAACUUGUAAGCCGUCCAUCAAGCGCACACGAUCACAUCCGCUUCGCCUCCACGCAAGACGGCCCAUCAGCCAAGCAAAGCAUCCUCCGCGACCCGCACUUCGAGACCACGCUGCCGUCGUCCAUCCCUGCCGACGCUGCAACUAGCGUCUUCAAGCCUGCGGACAAAGCCCUCAUGCACCAAUGGACCCUCAAUGAGUUCCACAACAACGCCCUCAAUCCGUCCGUUACGGCCGCCGAAGCCGAAGAAUACGAGCGCUACAUCAGCCACCCGCUCAACCUGCCGCUGGUCGUGAGCACCGAGACAGCCGAUGACGUCGCAGAUGCUAACCUCGAUUUCGUGGAGUACCUCUCAAGCGUCAGCGGGGACAUCGGAGGAGUCGGGGGUGCGGGCACGGAGAUGGACAUCAGCGAGGAGGAUCUGGCGGAUUAUCUCGGGUUUCUGGAGGUUCCGGAGGACCCGCUUACGGUCAAGGAGGAGGAUCUCGCAAUGAAGAGGUACAAGGCGUACAGGCAGUGGUUGAGAGGGAAGAGUCUGUUCAAAUUGAGCAAGGUUGAUCCGGAGUAUCGUGCUUCUUGA